GUACGAGUACUUUCCCAACGAACGGCAUCGAUUACAUAUUGUUAUUUUUAUUAUAACAACGUUGCCUGCGGAAUUGAACCGUGUAUCUAGUUUUUCUCUUUUGAACAUAAUUAAAUAUAAAAAAUGCGGGAACAGCCGUUAAAGGAGGUAACACAGCUAAUACACGCCGUCAAAAUGGGCUUAGUGGAAGGUUCCUACAGCAUUACAAACAAAACGCUGGACAUUUUCAAGUACAUCAUCAUGAGCAAAAGCUGGCAAAGUGCAGAUGCACUUAUGCAAAUUGUACGUGCUCAGUCGAGAAUCAUGCAAGCAGCGCUGCCCCAGGAGACCGUUACGUCGAAUAUUGCACGCCGGAUACUGAAGCUAACACGGGAGGAGUUCGAUUUGCUGCAGGCAAAGGUUCAACACUUUGCCGACGACUCUCAGGCUUCGUUGUCGCUGCACAAGCUGGUGACACAGACCAGCGAGAAUAGUGUCAGUGUGGAUUACUCCUUGCCACAGCAGGGAUUGCGGGAGGCGCUGCUCGAUCAUCUGCAGGAGGUGGAGACGGAACUGGAGACCAGUUCGGAGAACAUCAGUGUCCAGGCGGAAGAGCACAUUCACUCCUCGGAGAUAAUAUUAACACUGGGACACUCGCGCAGCGUUGAGAAUUUCUUAAAGCGUGCAAUUAAGAAGCGACAAUUUCUUACCAUCAUUGUGGCAGAGUGUGCGCCAGCCUGUCGCGGUCAUAAUCUGGCUGCCACGCUGGCGAAUGAGAAGAAUGUGGAGAUUAUUGUAAUACCGGAUGCAUCCAUAUUUGCGAUGAUGUCGCGCGUUAACAAGGUCAUCAUUGGCACACACAGUGUCCUGGCCAAUGGUGGCCUGCGAGCCGCAUGUGGCGCCUACACCGUUGCCCUGGCCGCCAAACAUUACUCCGUGCCCGUCAUUGUGCUGGCUCCCAUGUACAAACUGUCGCCGUUGCAUCUGUGCGAACAGGAUGCCUUUAACAUGGUUGGCUGUGCUGAGGAUGUCAUUGCCUAUGAUUCGUUGCCGGCUCGCGAUGCCAAGGUCUACAGUCCCAAGUUUGACUAUGUGCCACCGGAAUUGGUCACGCUCUUCAUAUCCAACACUGGCGGUCAUGCUCCUUCUUAUGUCUACCGGUUGCUCACUGAGCUCUAUCAUCCCGAGGAUCUGGAACUCUAAGAUACAUUUUGCAUCAACUGACUGUGUUUACAUAUAUAUAGAUAUAUUUUUUUUAAUUCAAUGAAACUGGACAACACGAACAACAAUAAGUAAUAAAGUUGACAGCUAUGCUGAAUUCGCUUUAA